AUGGUGAUUGGGAAUGGCGAUGAUGCUAAAAUUUGGCAAGAUCAAUGGCUAGACCAGAAGCCUGCAAGGAAGGCUCAGGUUAUGAGAAGUUCAGGAGAACUAGUGCUCGAUUAUGUAAGCCAACCUGAGAGUCAAGGAUUUCCUGAUCAACCAAGGCGACACAUUGCAAGAGAUGGGGACUGCCUUCGUUGUGGUCAAGUUGGAGAAACAGUGAAUCAUGUUCUGUUCCAGCGCCCAUUCGCAAGAUUGGUUUGGGCCUUGUCUCCGAUCCCAGCGCCUCCAGAAGAUGUCAUGGGGAAUUCUCUGUACUCAAAUAUCGAUCACGCUUUAAACAUCAAGAAAGCCUACCCAAGAGAUGAGGUACAAAGUGAAAUGGUUCCAUGGUUGCUAUGGAGAUUAUGGAAGUGUAGGAACAAACUGUUGUUUAACGGAAAAGAGUAUGAAGCGAUGAGUAUUUUGAGGAAAGCUCGUGAGGAUGCAGAUGAAUGGGAAAGGAGAAAGCAGGUUAACUUGAGUGUGGAAGGAAAUAAGAGGGUGACACACCCCAUUAACACUUCGCAGGCAAAACCGUGGAAACCACCUCCCACAAAUUGGUUGAAAUGCAACUCGGAUGGAGCUUGGCAUAAAGAUAGGCUUAAUAGUGGUGUGGGGUGGUUAUGCAGAGAUGGGGAAGGUCGGUUGUUAUGCGCGGGAGCGAGUGUAGUUACAGGGCUGGAAUCGAGUAUUAGAACAGAGGCUGAGGCACUUCAAUGGGCAGAUGAAUCUAUGGCAAGGUUCAGGUAG